CCCGGCUCCAUGGACGCUCUGCACAUCGCUGGCAUCCUCUUCGCAGAGGCCCUGCAGUCUGGGCCACCCUGGCUGGAGAAGUUCUGGGUGUCGGUGACAUCCCUGGCUGAUCCCAAAUGUAUCUUCACCAUCUGCUUCCCUCUCGCCUACUUCCUCAACCGCAGGGUGGGAGUGUCGGUGCUGUGGAUCGGGCUGGUGUCAGAGUGGCUCAACGUGGUUCUCAAAUGGUUCCUGUUCGGGGAGCGCCCGUUCUGGUGGGUCCAUGAGACAGGACUUGCCAGCAAGGGGCUGGUCACAGUGCGCCAGUUCCCCGUCUCCUGCGAGACAGGGCCGGGGAGCCCCUCGGGCCACUGCAUGAUCACCGGGGCGGCCCUCUGGCCACUUGUCACCGCUCUGAGGGCGCUGGCAGCCAGAUACUCCGGGAGCUGGGUGGUGACACUGAUCCCCUUGGCUACCUACGCCCUGCUCCUGCUGGCCGUGGGGCUCUCACGGGUCUUUGUCCUGGCCCACUUCCCCCAUCAGGUGAUCGGUGGCAUCUUGGCAGGUGAGUGGGGCUGGGGGCAACGCUCAGUUCCCCCACUCAGGGUGUUUUGG